GGGAGGAUGUGCGUUGUCCCGUUCCUCAAAUCCCAGAAAAAGAGAAUGGCAACAUUUUAUGGUUUUAGAAGCGACUUUUAAAGUUUUUAAAAAGGUGAACAGCUUACAAAAAGGCGAAAAAAACAAACAAAAGAAAUUUUCAAAAAUCUAUAAACUUCGAACAAGUGCAGAAGGAUCGUGAAUGCCGCCGAAUGUGAAGUAAAUGUGAAGCCGAAGACACUUCAGCGGAAAAGAAUUUGUGAAGGAAACUUCAUGUAAAUAACUGGAGCAAAAUGGCCCUCCUCUUCGCCGGUGCGGACACAGGACAGGUUCCGACGAGUCACUGGAAGCUCAAUUCAGUCCGAAAACAAAGAUCGAAGCUUCAGAAAAGAGGCUUCGAACUGUGGAAGCGAAAGUCAGGAUGCGUGAAGCGAUAUAACUCCGCCGAGGUCAGCAGAGGCGUCGGUGCCACUUACAAGAGCUGCCUGCUGAUUGGACUUCUCCUUAUCUUGAACAUGCAGCCUAGCAGAUGUGCCACGGAGGACGACUCUUUACUCGAGAUCUCGGAUAUUUUGCCCGAAGAUACGAAGAGCUAUGACAAGAUGCGUCCUCCACAGUCGCAGGGAAACCCCACCGUUGUCUACUUUCAUGUCACUGUCAUGAGUCUGGACUCCAUCGACGAAAGUUCUAUGACCUACGCCGCGGACAUCUUCUUCGCCCAAAGCUGGAAAGACCAUCGCCUCCGCUUCCCACAGAACCUCACGGGAGACUACCGUUUGCUGCCUGUCUCCUGGCUCAAAGAUAUAUGGAGACCCGACGCCUUCUUCAAGAACGCGAAACAAGUGACGUUCCAGACGAUGACGAUUCCGAACCACUAUCUGUGGCUGCACCUGGACUCUACGAUCCUCUAUAUGGUCAAGCUGACUCUCCUCCUCUCCUGUGCCAUGAACUUCCAGUCAUAUCCUCAUGACACUCAGCAAUGUGCCAUGAAGAUUGAGAGCUUAUCUCACACCACGGACGACCUGAUCUUCGUGUGGGACCCUGUCGUUCCUCUCGAAGUGGACGACACCAUCGAACUUCCUCAACUCGAUCUCGUGUCCAAUGAGACAGGGGACUGCACUCAAGUGUAUUCCACAGGAAACUUCACUUGUCUCGCAGUGGUGUUCACGCUGAAACGCCGGCUUGGAUAUUACCUGUUCCACACUUACAUACCGACCUGCCUCAUCGUUAUCAUGUCGUGGAUUAGUUUCUGGAUUAAGCCCGAAGCUGUCCCUGCCCGUGUGACCCUGGGCGUGACCUCGCUGCUGACGCUGUCCACGCAGCAUGCUAACUCACAGAAGUCGCUCCCGCCUGUCUCCUACAUCAAGGCCAUCGAUAUGUUCAUGUCGUCAUGCACUGUAUUCGUUUUCCUCUCCCUGAUGGAAUAUGCGCUGGUCAACGUCAUACUCGGGGAUAUGGUAGAUCACAGACCCACCGGAGACACCAUGAUGAGGCGCAUAACGAGGAAGAUCACUAUACGCAAGCCGCGGCCAAAUACUGUUAGGAAGAGGAACGGAGGCGAAAUCACCCUGGAGGAGGCAGAGAACGGCGGCCCCGGAGACUCGCCAGUCGACCCCCGCCUCGUCGCCCCCUCCCCCACCGUCUCCACCGCCCACCAGCACCCCCCGCCGCUGCAGAUGUGCUCGAAAUACGGCUCAAGUCCCAACCUGGCGAGAACAAUGGCCGCCGAGAUGAAGGAGUCCCGCGAGAAGGCCAUCUUGGUGGACAGAUUUUCCCGCGUUGCUUUCCCGCUCAGUUUCACCAUUCUGAACCUGCUCUACUGGGCCGUCUACUUCGAAUGGUAGAUGGGAAGUGAUACGGCCAGGUAGACGCGUGGCCGAGACAGGUAGACGAGUGGCCCACACAGGUAGAUAAGUGAUAGGCCACGUAGAUGUGAGAGGCCAAGACAAGCAGAUAAGUCCGGUCCGGGAGGCGGUGGCCAUGCUGGACAUAGCGGAGAGUGCUGGGCCAAACGCUUUUUUUUUUUCUCUCUCACGCUUCUCGCGAAAUUGUCUGACAGUGGAUUUUUUAUUCUCUUUUUCUAUGGGGCGCAAAUUGGUAUAAGCAUUGGGAAACGCCUGAACAGUGAUUAGUAUAACCGCUACGAUUCAUAUAUCGUAAUUUCAUUCAUGAUAUCGCAGAAUUUUCCACAGCUUUUAGGGCAGGCUGCGUCACAGCACUUCGCUUGCCUCGUUCGCUCGUAUUCAGAGACACUCGGGACCCCUUGGACGGAGCGCCGGACUCGAGCUGAUCAGCGACGGGCGCGAGAGGCCGGCCCGGCUCGCCGCCCGGGAAGGCCUCGUGUGAAUGGGAGCGGAAGGCUCAU